ACCAAAAACCCGCUACAACUAGUCGGCUUCACUUGGUGGCUUAGCUAAAAUAACCUUCUGUUUGUGUCGUGUCGUUUUUUCGUGUUAAUUGUACUGUGUUUUACUGCUUCUGUCCAUCAUGUCCUCUGGCAAAUCGAAAGCGAUCGGCUUGACCAUCGGGAAUCCUAACACAUCGCGCCCAUCGCCGAUUAUACAAAUGAUCUCCCCAACCGGCAAUUGCACCCAGGAUGUAUCGUUUGAGGCAUACAAGCAGCCGAAAAAUAGAUCCAAACGGCGCAGCUUCUCACCGAUGGUGCACCAGUCCCGGAUACCAUCGCCGGAACUGUCACCGAUCGAGCUAAGCCAACCGUUCGGCAUUUCGACCCAUUGUAACACACCGAAAGAAAAUGAACGUCUAAACGUGGGGGGCAAGUCCUACCUGCUAGCCAAACAGAUCCGAACACAAAAGAAGCGCUCUCCGCAGGAGGAAGAAGUAUACGCCGUGACACCGUUGGCCAAGCGUGAGCUCGAGCAUCGCAUCUGCGUCUCCAACAUACUGAAGGAUAUGAACCUUUCGAAGUACAUACGCAUCUUCACCAAGGAGGAGAUCAACUUCGACGUGUUUCUAACGCUGUGCGAAAAGGAUCUGCACGAUAUCGGCAUCCACUGCCAGGAGGACAUCGAGAAGAUACUGGCCAAAAUUGCCGACUACAACAUGGGAAUGGAGGGCUAAUGAUCUGAGUCCUGCUGGCCAUGGCUCCCGGGCAAUGGAGGGUUGUUGGUUAAUGUAGGUUAAUAGUUUCGAUGCUAGAAAUUAAGUGUUUAAUGUACCUAUGUGAUUUUAAUUAAAUGAUUCUUGAAGA